AUGGCUUCACGUUCGACUGAACGGAAGCACCUUUCGCUCAUUACCCUCACUCUCCUCAACUCUGCACUCAUUCUAGUCCUGCACUACUCACGUAUGAUGCCUCCUGUCCACGGACAACGAUACUUCGCCUCGACGGCAGUGUUUAUGAACGAAGUGAUCAAGUUCUCCCUCUCCUUGUCCAUGGCGCUGUAUGAUAUUGCAACAAACCCAAAAGCGGUGGAGACGUCAGCAGCAGGCUUGUUCGGCGAGCUCACAAGAGUCGUGUUCACGGGAGAUAGCUGGAAGCUAGCAAUACCGGCAGUGCUAUAUACACUGCAUAACAGCCUGCAAUAUGUGGGAAUCAGCAAUCUUGAUGCCACGACGUUCCAAAUCACCUUUCAGCUGAAGAUACUCACAACGGCGUUGUUCAGCGUCGGGCUAUUGGGAAUGUCCUUGAACCUGCGGAAGUGGAUAAGUUUGGUAUUGCUCAUGGCCGGUGUUGCCAUUGUUCAGAUACAAAAUGCGGCAACCUCGGAAUUGCAGGUUCUUUCGAUCAAAGAUCUGAAAGAUGGAGCUGCCUUUCACUCGCCACGAACCAUUUGGGAUUUGAAAGCGCUUGGCAAUGCAGCUGCAGGACAGCUGAGCAAGCGUUCAGCAACAUACGAAGGCAUUGACGAUGACUUUGCGGCUGUGAACCCGCAGUUCAACGCAACAGUGGGCCUCCUCGCCGUCUUCACCGCCUGCAUAUGCUCGAGCCUGGCUGGCGUGUACUUCGAGAAGAUCCUGAAGCAGUCCUCGGGCUCGGCUGCUACCUCUCUUUGGGUGCGGAACGUCCAGCUAUCAUUCUAUUCGUUGUGGCCCGCACUCUUCAUCGGCGUGAUGUUCAAGGACGGUGAGCAUAUUGCGAGGGCUGGCUUCUUCGCUGGCUACAACUGGGUUGUAUGGACGUCAAUAUUGCUGCAGGCUCUCGGUGGCGUUGUCGUCGCGCUUGUGGUUAGCUACGCCGACAACAUUGCGAAGAACUUCGCCACCAGUAUAUCGGUCCUGAUCAGCUUCUUGGCUAGCAUAGUCUUCUUCGACAUGCACCUCUCGCUAUCGUACCUUGUUGGAGCGCUGCUCGUGGUUGCGGCGACGUUUGUCUACAAUGCUGAACCUGCGGAGCCCAGUAAAGUGCCGCCGAUCAAGGUGUCAGACUUCGGCACAGACGAGCAGUCGUAUUUCGACCUCGAGACUGUCGUGACUGGUGGCAAGACACCUCUUCGAGGCGAAGCGCUAUCGACCAGCCGGCCUACCACACCGGGUUUCGACAGGAGACGGCCCAAGAGUCCAGGCUUGACUUCGAUGUAG